CCGGCAGCAGACGACCAUGAUGAUGAUGAGAGGGCGUUUUGCUGCGCUCGCUGCUGCUUGGCGGCGGCGUGGGCGGUCCUCGUUGUUGUUUUUGUUGUUGUUGGUGGUGGUGGUGGUGGGUUGUUGCUUCUGCUCCUUCUGCUGUGUAGAGGCAGCACCAAACACAAUCACCCCAAAGCUGGUUUGUGACGAAACCCUUCGCUGUAAUUACGGCCACUUCUGCCAUGGACCCGUUUGUUUGGAGUGCACCCCUGGCACAUACCAGGACGAAUAUGGAACGAAUGGUGAGCCGUGCAAGGUCUGCCCGGACCACGAGUUUCAGCCAGAGUUGGGCCAAACUGCCUGCAUACCUUGGCAAAAGUGCCAAGCUGGACAGCAUCGGGAGGGUGGAUCGACGACGCAAGACGCACUCUGUGUUCCUUGCGAGCCCGGCACGUACAUGAACAUCCUCGAACACUACUAUGACGCGUGUGUAGCGUGGCAGACGUGCCCUCCUGGCACGCGGAUCACCGCGCAGGGAACGGCCACCAGCAACACCGAGUGCACCGCUUGCGAAGAUGGGUCUUUCCAGCCGAUGGCAAACCAGACAGAGUGCAACAACUGGCGCACGUGUGGAAUUGGGCACAAGUGGGUGUCCGGCACACCCAUCAAGGACGCCACCUGCGAGCUGUGUGACGUCGGCAAGUUCAUGCCCAGGCCCAUCCACCAGUACCGGCAGUGCAAUGCCUGGAGUCGGUGCCACCCGGGGACGUACGAGUCAGCUGCACCAACCGCCACCCAGGACCGCGUGUGCACGGACUGCGGUUUGGGCAACUUCACUGCACAGUACAACCAGAAGGAGUGUGAGCCGUGGUCGUCGUGUGAUGCUGGCUACAUGUGGGCCCCCGGUUCCACCUCAUCUGACGCCGUGUGCACCCCUUGCUCUGAAGGCACAUACCAACCUGCUGCCAACCACCGCAACACAAUUUGUAUGCUGUGGCGGCGCUGCGGUGCGGGCGAGAAGUGGGUGAAGGGGACGACAACCACCGAUGCGUCCUGUGAAUCCUGCGACCAAGGGACCUUCACCACGCAAACGAACCACCAGAAUGCCGUGUGCGGUGCCGCGAGGACGUGUGUUACCGGAACAUAUAUCCUACACGAUGCCACGCCUACCACAGACCGCGAGUGUGAGCCGUGUGUCCCCGGCACAUAUCAAGACACGCCAAACAAGUUUGCAUGCCUGGAGUGGUCGCCGUGUGGGCGUGGUACAUAUUGGCAGGCUGGGUCAGCCAGUCAUGACGCAACCUGCCCUCCAUGCCCAGCAGGCACGUACCAGGAUGCUUCGUCCCAUCGCUCGGAGACGUGCAAACCGUCAACGGCAUCGUGUGCACCCGGCAUGUUCGUCGCCGCUGCGCCAACGACCAGCGCCGAUCGCCUGUGUCAGCUGUGCUCGCCAGGGACAUACCAAGAGCUUGAGAACCAGCUAUCGUGCAAGCAAUGCCCGGCUGGCACGGUGCUUGCGUCGUCGGGUGCAACACAGAUUGCAGACUGCGCAGACUGCCUUGCUGGGACUUACCAAAGGUCAGGCGAUCAUGUCUCGUGUCAUGAGUGCGACCCUGGGUCGGCGCAAAAGGAUGAACGGCAGUCCUUCUGCGAUCCAUGCUACUAUGGGGAAUACCAGGACGAGUACGCACAGAUUGCCUGCAAGCAAUGCGAAGCAGGCACGUUUGCGAACGACUUGGGCUUCCUUGAAUGCACGCCAUGCACGCCGUGCCCGCAAGGCCAGGUUGAACUGGUGGCAUGCACCAGCACGCACGACAGGCAGUGUGGCACAACAACGACAACCACAACAACCACAACGACCACAACCACAACGUCAACAACGACAACGACCACAACGACAACGACCACAACGACAGCAUCAACAACGCCGAUUGUACCCGGCACCCCGCCCCAGCUCACACCAUCGACAGCUACAGCAGGUGCAGGAAGCACAACCAACAACAGCGGCGGUGAUGGCGAUGGUGGUGAUGGUGGUGGUGGGGGAUCGUCUUCAGGGAUGACAGCAGGCACCACAACCACCACAACAUCUGUCGGUGCUGGCGGGACCAACGAGAGCACGAACGACGGUGCUGCUGCUAGCGACACCCUCACCAUCAUCCUCGCCGCUGUAGGGGCCGCUAUUGCCGUCAUUGCGCUAGUGGUGGUGGCGAUGAUGCUUGCUCGUCGGCGCACCCGCAACAGCAGCAACAGCAGCAGCAGCGGUGGUGGUGGUGGUGGUGGUGGGCGAUCCAGCAAGGUUGGCGUGGCAACAGCAGCAGCAUCAUCCACAGCGGCAGUGGCAGCUGGCGGGAAGCGACGGCGGCACCGCCACGCCCUGCCGCCCGUACACAAUGAACCGUUUGGCUCGCCACUGCAUGUGGUCGCGGGGAUGGAGGCGAACCCUCUAUAUGUUGGCAGGGGUGGUACUGGCAACAUGGUGCCCAACGCCAUGUACGAGGCGUUUUCGGGUCCCUCUGCCCUAUCGCUGGCACACCCACCGGUAUAUGCCACACCAGCAACAUCGGCGACAGCGACAACAGCACCAACAGCGUAUCAUCCCUCCACCCCAAAUGCCCUCUACGAGUCAACUACCUAACCAACACGUUAUGUUGGUGGUGACGUGAGACGUGAGCCCUCGCUCGCUCGUUUGGCGAGAGCGGCUUGUUCGUCCGCUGUGGUCGCUUGCCUCAUUUUCGCUGAUGGCUUCAAUUGAGUUAUUUUCUACAUUGUUGGUUUAUGUGUAAAUGAUACUUUUGUUCAUUCUCAUUGUAUGUCAGCACUUUCCUGUGCAGCCAAGGAAAAACGGCCGAGCCAACACACAAUACAGAGCGAAGGCACACACACACACACAC